GCCAAUUCCCAUAAUGGAAUUCAAAUCAGAUUUCUAAGUUUUGAGAAUGCCCAGAUGAUCCUCCUUGCAUUUGAUGCAAAGCCCAUUAAAAAGGAGACAACUUUGUCCAAAAUCAGCGUAAUUUAGCUCUGUUUUGAGCUCAAAAACAAAUGGGGUCAUUUCGUUUGGUUUACAAGGGAUGUUCUCUGAUUAGUCAAUAAACACACCGAAUGUUUAGCCACUGCCACUUAUUCUUCAUUUCCUUUGGAACUUUUCUAUGAACAACAAAAAUAUAAUCCCAAUCCCACUUGAUAUCUAAAAUUUUGUUUUUGAUUUUGUUUUUCAUGGUCACCCUUUUGCUUUCUCUGUUCUUUUCUUAUUACUGCUGACAGCGUACAGGUGUCGCACGCUUCUUACAUAGCUAUAGCUUCCUGUUCUCCGUCUCUGUCUAUCCUCCAAGUGUGCACUUUUGGGUGGAUAAUUUGUUUUGGUCUCUGCUUCAAAUAUAUUUGCUCCGAUUCUUUUAAUGGCGAUGGAGGUUUGUCAAAGCUUUUGAUGCCUACUUCUUGCUUCUCUUCUCAGGUAGUGUAAGUGUAACUUGAACUAAGCUGCUCAAUUUUAACCAUGACUACCGCUACAAAUCAAAACAGAAAGGAGAAAUUGCUUAACCAGGUUGUAACCUUGGAAAAGCAGUUGACAUCAUCAAUCCUUUCAAGAGGGACAUUGCAUUCAGAUGUCAAAGAUCUAUACCACAAAGUUUGUUCAAUUUACGAGAGAAUUUUCAUGAGUGAACAAGAACAAUUAGAGCUUCAAGAUGUGGAAUAUUCUCUGUGGAAGCUUCAUUACAAGCUCAUCGACGAGUUUCGGAAAAGGAUAAAGAGAAGCUCUGCAAAUGCAGAGAGCCCAAAGUUGGGGACAGCACAAAGUCCUAACAAUCAUGUUGCAGAAUUUAGGUUGUUUCUAUUAGAAGCUACAAAAUUCUACCAAAAACUGAUAUUGAAAAUCAGAGAAUAUUGUGGUGUUCCAAAAGAAGGCUUGUUGUAUAAAGCAUUUGGUGUCUCGAAAGGUAUCGAUCCAAAGAACAAGAAAAAGACGUGUCGAUUCUUGUGUCACCGUCUUUUGGUUUGCCUUGGGGAUCUUGCUAGGUACAUGGAACAGCAUGAAAAACCAGAUGUUCAUUCCCAUAAGUGGUUAGCUGCUGCUACUCAUUAUUUGGAAGCAACAAUGGUUUGGCAUGAUAGUGGAAACCCCCAUAAUCAGUUGGCUGUAUUGGCAACAUAUGUUAACGAUCAGUUUCUUGCUAUGUAUCAUUGUGUGAGAAGUUCUGCAGCCAAAGAACCUUUUCCUGAUGCUUGGGAUAAUCUUAUUUUACUAUUUGAAAGAAAUAGGUCAUCUCUUCUGCCUUCCCUCUCUAAGGAUGGCCAGUUCGAUUUCCUAAGACCGGCCGAGAAGUGCUGUUUCGAGAUGAAAUCACAAAUCAAAGACGAUCACGAAUCUCUAGAGAGACACUUUUUUCCUCUGCUCAUCAGAACAUUGGGUUUCUUUUUCAUAAAAUCCAGUUUGGAGGAAUUCAUAAGUACAUUUUCAUCCAUGAUGAGAUGGCUGGAUGAACUCUUGUCUUUAGAUGAUUCUGAGUUAAAUGUUUCAUUAGAGUCCUAUAAGCUUUUGGAUUCAGUGAGGACAGGUCCUUUCCGAGCCAUUCAAAUAGCUUCUGUAUUCAUCUUCAUGGUACAGAAUCUUUUUAGCAAAUUUGAAAUGAAUGAUGAGCACCAACUUGAGCUGACUCACUUGGCUUUGGUUGCUACCUUUAUUGUCAUGGGACGUCUAGUUGAGAGAUGUUUGAAGGCGAGCCAAUUGAAUUCGUGCACUCUUUUACCCGCUGUGCUCGUCUUCGUCGAGUGGUUACCGAACGUUCUUGAUGAAGUAGUAAAAUAUGGUUAUGAUGAAAAAUAUAGAAGCUCCAUGUCUUACUUUUUUGGUGUUUAUGUCAAGCUUUUAGAGAGACUGAGUAUUAAUACAGCAGAGGCAGAGUGUUCUCUUGAUGUCCCUCUGUGGGAAGACUAUGAGUUAAGAGGCUUCACACCUUUAGCCUUUGCACACGAACCAUUGGAUUUCUCAUCCCACUGGGAACACAUGAACAACUUUGAAUUGGGAGCAAAACACCGUGCUUACCGCAUAAUUGUUGUUGCCACCAAAGUGUGCAACAUGGCUAAUGAUUCUCCAAAGUGGAUAAUUUAUGAUAGGACGUGGAAGGUCUUUUACACAGAAGAACAAAAUGAACUGGAAGAGCCAACUCAGGAUGUCCGUGAGAAAGAUACUCUUCAAUCUUUCCCUGUUGAAGAUGAAGAAGUCAUUCUUUUCGAUCCGCUCAUGAGGUAUAAUUCUGCACCAAUCUCGAUCGUAGGGAGCGACGAAGUUUCACCGAAAAGCAACGAGGCGGAGACGAUAUCUUCUGAUGAAUGCUUGAGGCGUGCUACGUCGCUACUUAUAGAACAGACACAGGGCCAGAGGGAUCCCUUUACUUUUCAUACAGAUGCAGAAGUACAUCAAAUUUCAGAAGCCUCCUUAUCUACAGGACCCCCUUCACUUAGUGCCUGGGUGCUCAACAGGGGUUUUAGUAUUAACACUGAUAGAGAAAAAGGGACAAAUGGUUUUGGUAAAACUGGUUUGCAGCCCAUUGAUGAGUUAACUCCGGAGUUUAUAAAUGGUCAAACCGAGAAUUGUGCUUCGAGUCCGAGCUGUGAAUCUGGAAAAUCAUAUCGUUUUCCUCCUCCUCCUCCUCCCUUUUCUGUCCCAGCACCAUCAGCCCCUUGUUUACCUGAUGAUGCUGUUUGGUUUAAUGGUACCAAUGCUACCAUCUCUGGUGGCCAAAUCUGUAGGGACGUGGACCGAAAUGAUACUUUGUCAAAUGGUUUUCGAGGUAAUUGGGGUCCCCCUCAUGCUACACAUGAAUAUAGUCCCUUGAUUACUGGUUUUACGAACAUGUGUUCGUCCACGCAUCGAAUGAGUUCGUCUGAAUGGCUUCGCCAAUAUAGGGAGAAUCACAAUCUGGAUAGGGUGAGUAAUCAAGUAUUGGCAGUUCCCUGCAAUGCCUCUAGAACUGAUACUUCAAGGUAUGACCAUUUGUAUCAAAUAGGGAAUCGGUUGGCUUCUAAUCCAACAAUGAAUAUGGAGAGUCCAUUUUUCCAUCCAGCAUUCCCUCCAGCUUACGGCGCAAAUGACAACCAAAAACACAUGCUCGGCCACGGUUACGCGCCGCCGCCGCCGCCGCUUCUGCUGCACCUGAAAGAUAAAGAAUGGAAGCUCCAGAAAGAUGCUGCCUAUAUGGGGAAUUGAGGAUUUUGUUCGAUUUUGAUCAUCAUUCAACAUUUGCUGUUUCCAGAAGCCAGAAACUGUCAAAUGAAAGAGUUUGAUUUUGUAUAUAGGCGUAUAGAAAGUUGGAAAGAAUUUCACCCCUUUGCAGUGGGUUAGUUUCAAGUGAAUUUGUAUUUAUAUAAUUAUCUCACCUCAACAUUGAACAAGAUUGCUUGAUGUCUGAUGAGAUAUUGUAUCCUUAUUCUUCUGCAUUUCAUAGAACACAGCUGAAGAAUUUUCUA